AUGAAACCACACUUGAAGCAAUGGCGACAACGAACGCUCUUUGGAAUAUUUGUUUGGGGCCUCCUCUUUUUGGCGAUUUUCAUCUACUUUACCAACAGCAACCCUGCUGCGCCUGUACCCAGCUCCUUCUCCUUCCUGGAGAACCAUGGGCUCCUACCCGUGCAGGGCAAGCAGCGGGCCAUCAUGGGCGCUUUGCAGGAGCCCUCUUUGCUCAGGAAUUUGGAGGCAAGCAAAGAGCUGCUGGGCAGUCACCCUGCCAGCCCGUUCCACAGCGGGCCUGUGGACCCACAGAAAUGGGACAAAGAUGGCUUUGACGACGGGGAUGAGUUUUUUUCAUCCCAGGUCGGUAGGAAAUCGCAAAGUGCUUUCUACCGGGAAGAAGAGGAAGAUGGCUACUUUUUUGCUGCCGGUCAGCCAGGGUGGCACCGCCACACGCAGGGCGCCCUGGGACAGCCCUCCCCGGGGGAGCCGUCGAGGCGGGCAGGACCCGCCCAGCACAAGCCAGAGAAGCUUCACCGUGCGAGACGGAGCCGCGUGCCCGAGGAGGCAUUCUAUGGCGACAUGCUGUCGGCCUCCAUGUCCAGAGCCUUCCUGUACCGGCUCUGGAAGGGGACCGUGUCCUCCAAGAUGCUGAACCCGCGUCUGCAAAAGGCCAUGCGCUACUACAUGUCCUUCAACAAGCACGGCGUACGCUUCCGCAAGCGGCGCGAAGCCAGGCGCACAGGGCCCGAGCUGCUGUGCGAGCUGCGCAGGCGCGUGCAUGUGCGCACGCUGGACGGCAAGGAGCCACCCUUCUCAGCGCUGGGCUGGCGGCCGCUGGUACCUGGGGUGCCUCUGAGCCAGCUCCACCCGCGUGGCCUGCGCAGCUGCGCGGUCGUCAUGUCCGCCGGUGCCAUCCUGAACUCCUCCCUGGGGGAGGAAAUCGAUUCUCAUGAUGCAGUUUUGCGAUUUAAUUCUGCCCCUACACGUGGCUAUGAGAAAGAUGUCGGAAACAAAACCACAAUGCGUAUCAUUAACUCACAGAUUCUUGCCAACCCCAGCCAUCACUUCAUUGACAGUUCUUUAUAUAAAGAUGUUAUCCUGGUGGCCUGGGACCCAGCUCCUUAUUCUGCUAAUCUGAACCUGUGGUAUCAGAAGCCAGAUUACAACCUUUUCACGCCAUAUAUCCAGCAUCGCCGGAGACACCCAACUCAGCCGUUUUACAUUCUUCACCCCAAAUUCAUAUGGCAGCUUUGGGACAUUAUCCAGGAGAACACAAGGGAGAAGAUCCAGCCCAACCCACCAUCUUCUGGGUUCAUUGGUAUCCUUAUCAUGAUGUCCAUGUGCAGAGAGGUGCACGUGUACGAGUACAUCCCAUCCGUCCGGCAGACGGAGCUCUGCCACUACCACGAGCUGUACUACGACGCAGCCUGCACGCUGGGGGCGUACCACCCGCUGCUCUACGAGAAGCUCCUGGUGCAGCGCCUGAACAUCGGCACCCAAGCGGAUUUGCACCGCAAGGGCAAGGUGGUACUGCCAGGCUUCCGGGCCCUGCGGUGCCCGGACACCAGCCCCAACAAUACAUACUCUUAA